UCUGGGAGGCUACACGCACCCCAGCUCUGCAACGUGGCCGCGUUCAUCCGGGUCGCCCUCGUAUCCCCCACCCCACUCCCUCUCUCUCAAACUCUUCUGUUCUUUCUCCAGGCCCAGUCGUAUUCCAGGUUUCUCGAUUCAGGGCUUCUGUUGCUCCCCCCAAAUUCGGAGAGCCUCCUGCUUCUCUGACUCUAGCUACUUUAGCCAAACCCCUUUGCAGCCUGAAGCCUCCUCUCCCCCGACACCGCCCGGCAGCGGGGUGGAGGCAGGGCCAACUGGGGAACCGCCCCCAACCGCCUCCCAGGCUAAGCGAUCGGGCGGGUUGCUGGGGCGCCUCCACCUCCUCUUCCUAAAGCGGCGAGGCGCAGCCGAGCGGCAUCACUGGAGCCCAGGUCCCAGCCACUGCCUCACGUACAGCCCUGCAUUCAGGAAGAGGAGCAGCACCGCAGUUGGCCACGACCUCGGCAGGCGGGCAUCUAAGAGGCCCCGAUCGAGAAGCCUGGGAGAGCAGCCGAGCUACCCCCGUAGGAGGAGCCAGUCUGAGCCCAAGGCGCCACCACCGCAGAAGCAGCGCAAAGUAGCACUCGCCUCCAUGGCCCACUCACCGGUGGCUGUCCAAGUGCCCGGGAUGCAGAAUAAUAUAGCUGAUCCAGAAGAACUGUUCACAAAAUUAGAGCGCAUUGGAAAAGGCUCCUUUGGAGAAGUUUUCAAAGGAAUCGACAACCGUACCCAGCAAGUGGUUGCAAUUAAAAUCAUUGACCUUGAGGAAGCCGAAGAUGAAAUAGAAGACAUUCAACAAGAAAUAACUGUUCUGAGUCAGUGUGACAGCUCAUAUGUAACGAAAUACUAUGGGUCCUAUUUAAAGGGUUCAAAACUAUGGAUAAUAAUGGAAUACCUAGGGGGAGGUUCAGCUUUGGAUCUUCUGCGCGCUGGUCCAUUUGAUGAAUUCCAGAUUGCCACCAUGCUCAAGGAGAUUUUGAAAGGUCUGGACUACCUACAUUCUGAAAAGAAAAUUCACCGAGACAUUAAAGCCGCCAAUGUCUUGCUUUCAGAACAAGGCGAUGUUAAACUUGCUGACUUUGGAGUUGCUGGCCAGCUGACAGAUACACAAAUUAAAAGAAACACCUUUGUGGGAACUCCAUUUUGGAUGGCUCCUGAAGUUAUUCAACAGUCAGCUUAUGACUCUAAAGCUGACAUUUGGUCACUGGGAAUUACUGCUAUUGAACUUGCCAAGGGAGAGCCUCCAAAUUCUGACAUGCAUCCAAUGAGAGUUCUGUUUCUUAUUCCAAAAAACAACCCCCCAACUCUUGUUGGAGACUUUACUAAGUCUUUCAAGGAGUUUAUUGAUGCUUGCCUGAAUAAGGAUCCAUCGUUUCGCCCUACAGCUAAAGAACUUUUAAAACACAAGUUCAUUGUGAAAAAUUCCAAGAAGACUUCGUAUCUGACUGAACUGAUCGAUCGAUUUAAGAGAUGGAAGGCAGAAGGCCACAGUGAUGAUGAAUCUGACUCCGAGGGCUCUGACUCGGAAUCCACCAGCAGGGAAAGUAAUACUCACCCUGAGUGGAGUUUCACCACUGUGCGCAAGAAGCCUGAUCCAAAGAAACUCCAGAAUGGGGAGGAGCAAGAUCUUGUGCAAACCCUGAGCUGUUUGUCUAUGAUAAUCACACCUGCAUUUGCCGAACUUAAACAACAGGAUGAGAAUAAUGCGAGCCGAAACCAGGCAAUUGAAGAACUUGAGAAAAGCAUCGCGGUGGCUGAAGCUGCCUGUCCUGGCAUCACAGAUAAAAUGGUGAAGAAAUUAAUUGAAAAAUUUCAAAAAUGUUCUGCCAAUGAGUCCUCUUAAAAAUGUGUUGUUGCUAUUGCUGGCUUCGGUUUCAUACGGACCCAGAGAAACCCACCAAAGCUAUGUCAACCUUAAUAAUGCUUAACCCAUGAGCUCCAGGUGCCUUUGGAUCUUUGCGACAUUGAAGAUUUAGGAGAAGCUUUCAAGUAUUUUGUGAUGGUGGCUAUCAUUUUGUAUUUUAAAGAGAUUAUUUUGUAAGGAAUAAUUUUAAUACUAUAGUUUCACCUGUAUUGUAGUAAAUGUUGAGAUACAGUUGUUUUUUUUUAACGUUAGGUACCAUUAUUUCUUAUGUUACUAGAAUGAAUACUAUUUGGUUUUCAAUCUUUAGUUAACUGUACACUCAUGAAACAUACAGGUCUUUCAAAGUCAUCCUAAAUAUUGAACGUCUGUAAAUCAUCAAGCUUCAAAAAGUAUUCCUUUUUUUUAUGCGAACAUUCGAAAAAUGACUAUGUGUAGGGAGGUAGAAAUAAGUCAUACCUUCUUAAAACAAAUAUUUGUAAUAAGCUCUUGGAAAAAACACCUAGAAAAGUAUUAAUUUUUCUAGCAAGGUGUUCUGGAUUCCAGGCAGCUCCAUGUUUAUCAUACUUGAGAACCUUGUGUUUGAAGCACCAUUUCCAGGCAACAUGUAGCAGAAGAAGUACCUCUUGGUAUUUUUAUCUUCUCUUUAAGAUGGAAGAAGCGGUUAACCCUUAUUUACCAUGGUUAGACGUUUAAAGUAAUCUCACUUAGCCAAGGAUGAGGGUUUGGUUAAACUGGAGGAAUUAGUCUGGCUUCAACCUUCAAAUCUUCAGCUCAAAUAAUAUUGUACAUGCUUGGAUUUAGAAAAGUUUUAGAGACCUUGUUGUCUUGUGAGUAAAUACCUGAUUCAUAGUUAUGAACAUAAUGACACCAGCAUCUUUUGUCAUGGUAACUCAAUUUUCGUAGAACUAUUUAUAUAUUUUUUCUUUAUAAUUAUCCACACAUAAGCAUAGUGUGUUCAGUUUUGAAAAGGUAUUUAAGUGAACAUUGUCUAGCUCAUAUGAAAAUACCAUAGGGCAUGAACAUUUCUCCUCAUACAAAGGUAAGAUAGACUGUACAGUUAAUUUUCAGUUCUAUUUAUGGUACUGUUAAGUGGGUAAUAUCCUUUUUUAGCCCUAUAUAUAUAUAUACUAUGUUUGCCUAAGUGCUGAACUGGGGCUAUAGUUUCAUAGCUGUAGGCUUGUUGGCACUGAUUAAUUUUGACAGUUAUGAUUUUCGUGUUUGUAUCUGCACAUUUGAUUUUUGCACAAAUGAUUUUUAAAAUGUCUGGACAACUGCCAAAUAUUAAGAGAAAGAUGUUGUGUAAGUAAACAAUAGAGUUUUUAGUUGAAGUGGCCAUUACAUGCCUUCUUUCAAAAAAGAAAUUCAAACACUUGAGAAGGUAUAGUGUUAUAUGUCAUGAAAAUUCUUUGCAUUGGUGCCUGUGCGCUAACAGUUGCUCUUACUUGAUUAUAUUUUGAAGUCAUGAUUCGGUUAGAGUUUUCAUCAGUUCUGUAACUGAAACUCAAUUACACUUUGUUCUCCACAGUGCUCUACAAAUACUUGUGUGACUUGAAUCAUGGAUUACAUUCGUAUUUUUGUCAAAAUAAAAUCUACCAGUUCAUAAAUUGAUUAUGUAAAACCUUACCACAUAACUGCAUCCCAAAUACAGCUUGUAUUGCUUGCUCAUUGGAGCUUUUGUCCUAUAGACUGUUUCUAGGUAAAGCAUACUUCAGUGUUUGGGGGAUUUUAAAAAAUAAAUAUUUAAAUGUUA